AUGGUAGUGGGGGUGGGGGUGGGGGGUGGGGUUGGGGUGGGGGGGGGGUGGGGGGGGUGGGGUUUGGGGGUGGGGGGUGUUGGGGGGGGCUGUGGGUUGGUGGGUGGGGGGUCGGGGGGGGGGGUGAGGGGGGUGUGGUGUUGUGGGGUUGGGUGGGGGGGGGGGGGUGGGGGGGGGGGGGUGCACGCGUGGGUGGGGGUGGGGGGUUGGGGGGUGAGGGGGGUGGGAUUUGUGGGGGGGGUGGGGUGGGGGUGGAUGGUGGUGGGGGGAUGUAUGGGGCGUGGGGGGUGCGGGUGGGUUGGGGGGGGGGGGGAGUGGGGGUGGGGGUUGGGGGCGGGGGGGGUUUGGGGUGGGGGGGGGGGGGGGGGGGGGUGGGCGGGGUGGGGGGGUUGGGGGGUUGAGGUUGUUGGUGGUAUGGGGGGUUGUGAGGUGGGGUGGGGGGGGGUGUGGGGGUGGGGGGGUGUGGGUGGGGGGGGGGGGGGGGGGGGGGGCGGUGGGGUGUGGGUGGAUGGGGUGGGGGUGGGGGUGGGGUGGGGGGGAGGCGGGGGUGUGGGGUGGUGUGUGGGGGGGUCGGUGGGGGGGGGUGUAUUGGGGUGGUUGGGGGGUGGGGGUGGGUUGGGGGGGGGGGGGGGAGUCGGGGGGGGGAGGGGGGGGGGGUGGGGGUGGUGUGGGGGGUGGGGCGGGGUGGGUGUGUUGGGGGGUGGUGGGUGGUGGGGGGGUGGGGGGGUGGGGGGGGGGGGGGUGUGGGGGGUGGGUGGGGUGGGUGGGGGGUUGUGUGGGGGUGGGUGGGGGUGGGGGGGGGGGGGUGUGGGGGGGUGGGGGGUGGUGGGGGGGGUAGUGGGUGGGGGGUUCGGUUGUGGGUGUAGUGGAUGUCUUGGGGGGGGGGGUGGGGGGGGGUGGGUGGGGUCGGGUGGGGGGGGGGGGUGGGGGGGGGGGGGUGUGGAGGGGGGUUGGGGGUGUUGGGGGGGGGGUGUUGGUUUGUGGGGGGGGUGGGGGGUUUGGGGGGGUUGUUGGUGUGGGGGGGUGGGGUUGUGGUUCUGGGGGGGGGUGGGCGGGGGGGGGGGGGUGUGGGGGGGGUGGGGUGGGGUUGGGGGUUGGUGGGGUGGCUCGGGGUGGGGGUGGUGGGGUGGGGUUGGGUGGGGGUGGGGUCGUGGGGGGGGGGGGUGGAGGGGGGGUGGGGUGGGGGGGUGGGUGGUGGGGGGGGUGGUUGGGGGGGGGUGGGGAGCGGGGGUGGGGGGGGGGGGGGGGAGGGGUGGUUGUGGGGGGGUGGUGGGGGGGGGGUGUUGGGGGGGGUGGGGGGUGGUGGUGGGUGGUGUGGUGGGGGGGGGUGGGGGUUGGGGGUUGUUUGGUGGUGGGGGGGUGAGGGUGGGUGAGGGUCGUGGGGGGGGGGGGGGGGGGGGGGGGGGGGGGGGUGGGGUUGGGGGGUGUGGGGGUUUGGGGUUGUGUGGGGGGGGGCGGGUGGUGGGGGGGGGGGGUGUAGUGGGGGGGGGUUGGGGUGGGGGGGGGGGGUUUGGGUUGUGGGGGUGGGGUGUUGGGGGGGGGGUGAUGGGUGGGGGAGGAGGGGGGGGAGUGGGGGUGGGGCGGUGGGGGGGGGGGGGGGGGGGGUGGGGGUGGGUUCUUGGGUGGGGGGGGGGGGGGGGUUGGGGGGAGGGGGGGUGGGGGGUGGGUGGUUUGUGGGGGGGUGGGGUGUGGGGGGUGGGGGGUUUGUGGGGUGGGGUAGGGUGGGGGGUUGGGUGGGGGGGUGGGGUGUUGGGGUUGGCGAGGGGGUGGGGUGGGGGGGGUGGGUGUGGGGGGGUCGGUGGGGGUGUUGGGGGUAUGGGGGGGGGGGGGGGGGUGGUUGUGUGUGGAGGUGGGGGGUUGUGGGGGGGGGUGAGGUGGUGGUAUGGGGUGGUUGGUGGGGGGGGGGGGGGGGGGGGGGGGGGGGGGGGGGGGGUGGGAAGUGAGGUGGGGGGGAUUAAGGGGGGUGGGGUGGGGGGGUUGGGUGUGUACGGUCGGGGUUGUUGGGGGUGGGGGGGGGGGUUGGGUGGGGGUGUGGGGAAGGGGGAGGGGGGGGGUGGGGGGGGUGGGGGGGGGGGGGGGGGGGGGUGGUGGGUUGGGGGGGGUGGGUGGGGGGGGUGUGGGGGGCUUGGGGGGUGGUUGGGUGUUGUGAUGGUUGGGGGUGGGGGUGUAGGGGGAGGUGGGGGGGCGGGUGUGGGGGGUGGGGGGGGGGGGGGGGUGGGGGGGGGUGGGGUGGGGGGGUGGGGGGGUGUUGGGUGUAGUUGUGUUGUGGGGAUUGGGGUAAGUGUGGUUGAGCUGGGGGUGGGGGGGGAUGGGUUGGGUGGGGUGGGGGUAAUUGGGUGGGGAGGGGUGGGGAGUGCGGGGGGGGGGGGGGGGGGGGGGGGGGGGGGGGGGGGGGGGGGGGGGGGGGGGGGGGGGGGGGGGGUGGGGGGGGGGGGGGGGGGGGGGGGGGGGGGGGGGGGGGGGGGGGGGGGUGGGGGGGGGGGGGGGGGGGGGGGGGGGGGGGGGGGGGGGGGGGGGUGGGGGGGGGGGGGGGGGGGGGGGGGGGGGGGGGGGGGGGGGGGGGGGGGGGGGGGGGGGGGGGGGGGGGGGGGGGGGGGGGGGGGGGGGGGGGGGGGGGGGGGGGGGGGGGGGGGGGGGGGGGGGGGGGGGGGGGUGGGGGGGGGGGGGGGGGGGGGGGGGGGGGGGGGGGGGGGGGGGGGGGGGUGGGGGGUGGGGGGGGGGUGGUGGUUGGGGGUGUGGGGGUGGGGGGUUGUAUCUCUAGAUUUGGUUUUAUUCUAA